AUGACAGGCGCGUCGCUCAAGGGGCGCUACACCUUCUCUCUCUCUGCGCAGCGCCUCUCCUUCACAGGAGAGGUGCUGCACAGAGAGGGAGAAGGCGCAGCGCCCCUUCAGCGAAGCUGGAGAAGGAACAGAAGGGUCUCCUUCUGUUCCUCCCCCGGCUUCGCUUGAUAGGCGCGUUGCUCAAGGGGCGCUGCGCCUUCUCUCUCUCUGCGCAGCGCCUCUCCGCGCAGAGAGGGAGAAGGCGCAGUGCCUCCUCCGGCUUCCAGGACAGGCGCGUCGCUGAGAAGCCAAGGAACCUGCAUUCGCUCCAUAGGACGCACACACAUUUCCCCUUCAUUUUUGGAGGGGAAAAAGUGCGUCCUGUAGAGCGAAAAAUACGGGUAACUAAUAUGGGGACCUGUAGCAGUUGUGCAAACAUUCUCACUUUAAUAAUAAUAAUAAUGAUUUAUUAUUUAUACCCCACCCAUCUGGCUGGGUUUCCCCAGCCACACUGCGUGGAUUCCAGCAGAAUAUUAAAAUACAAUAAUUCAUCAAAUAUUUAAAGCUUCCCUAAACAGGGCUGCCUUCAGAUGUCUUCUAAAAGUCAGAUAGUUAUUUUUCUCUUUGACAUCUGAUGGGAGGGCGUUCCACAGGGUGGGUGCCACUACUGAAAAGCCCCUGUGCCUGGUUCCCUGUUACCUCACUUCUCACAGGGAGGGAACUGCCAGAAGGCCCUUAGAGCUGGACCUCAGUGUCUGGGCUGAACGAUGGGGGUGGAGAUGCUCCUUCAGGUCUACUGGGCUGCGGCCGUUUAGGGCUUUAAAGGUCUGCACCAACACUUUGAAUUGUGCUCGAAAACGUACUGGGAGCCAAUGAAGGUCUUUCAGGACCAGUGUUAUGUGGUCUCGGUGGCCACUCCUAUGGGAUCCUAGGGACAGUGAAGAGGGAAAAUCUAUUGCCUUCAUGCCUUGUUUCUGGGCUUCACGGGAGAUACUGGCUUCCCAGCCUAGGAAGCAAAAGAAAAUCUGGAGAACAGCUGGGGGGAAGGGUGGGAAACUAAGGUGGUCUGUGCAUGAUCAGAGACUGACAGUUCAUGGAGCAAAGCUGUCAUAGAAUCAUGGAACUGUAGAGUUGGAAGGGAUCCCAAGGGUCAGCUAGUACAACUUCCUGCCAUGCAGGAAUCUCAGCUAAACCUUCCACGACAGAUGGCCACCCAUCCACUGCCUAACAGCUCUUACUGUCAGAAAGUUAUUUCUGCUUUUUAGUCGGAAUCUCCUUUCCUGUAACGUGAAGCCAUUGGUUCAAGUCCUACUGUCCUUGAGCCAUUGGCUUGAGUUCUAGUUUCAAAUGUGUGUGAUUCCUGCAUUGCAGUGGUUGGAAUAGUUGGUGCUUGGGGUCCCUUCAAACUCUACAAUUCUAUGAUUCUAUGAAACUACAGUUUUCAAUGGAACAUUUUCCACUUUGGAGCAGUACUGUACUAUGUGGAAAGAGGUGAGUUUAUGGGGCAGGUUGGUGGUGAUAAUAGUGGUCAUAGAGAAGGACUAUGUGCAGAGGAGGGUGACCCAGAUAUUCUUGGGUCUGGAAACCAAGCCUUAUGCGGAAUGGUUGAAGGAGUCAGCUAUGUUCAGCCUGGAAGAGAGGAGACUUGAGGAUAAUUAUCUCCCACUAUUUGAAAGGCUGUCACAUGGACGAUGGAGCAAGCUGGUUUUCUCCUGCUCCAGAGAGUAGGGCCUGAACCAGAGGAUUCAGAUGACAAGGAAUGAGAUUCUGACGAAGGAUUAGGAAGAACGUUCUGAUGGCAAGAGCCAUUCUACCCAACAGGCUUUGUCACGGGACUGAACAACAGUGUGCGACGGCGUCACCUCUUAUCAAUCACCUUCCUUUUACUCCCCCUUACAUUGAGGGGAGUUGCUAGUUUAUAGCCAUUUUUGUAAACCUGAUUUGUAUUGGGAAGGCGAAUGGCCACAGCAUCACGCUGCAACACUUCCUUUGCCUGGGGAAGGUCCAAGGUUCAGUCUCCAGUGGCAGAUAUAGGUAAGGCUGGGGAAAACCCCUGUAGCCAAUACUGAACCAGAUGGUUCCAUAGCCUGUCAAUCAGCAUACUGAGGCAACUUCCUGUAUUCAUAUGGACAAAUGCAAGAAGGAUGAGUCUGUUUGUUGGUCAUCAUGGAUGAAAGAAACCGAUUGAGGUAAUAUGUCUCUGAAUUCCAGAUGGAAGCAUCAAACAGCGGAAGGAGGGCGGGGGAUGCAGAGUGCUUGACUAGUUGGACCCUUGCCUGAUCUAUCAAAGCAGUGGCUAGUGUUCUUAUCUUCUCCCCUUUUUUGCCAACAGAAUUUGUGUCUCUGAUGUCAUAAGGAACUCCCCAGUUGUAGCAUCGCAGAGUUGUAGCUCAGAAAGAGCUUAUGGUCCCAUCUGGUAUGCCUUGCCUGUGAAAGGAAAGACUAUUUGAUGCAGAUAUCGACAUGAACACGACUCCCAACCACACCUUCUCUGACCCCUCAGUGUUCUUCCUGUCUGGUAUUCCUGGACUGGAAAGCUCCCACGGUUGGAUCUCCAUACUUUUCUGCUCUGUCUUCACCACCUCCCUGCUGGGCAACAGCACCCUGCUGUACGUAAUCAAGACUGAUGAGAGCCUCCACAAACCCAUGUUCUUCUUCCUCUCCAUGCUGGCCUCCAUUGACCUGACCUUGUCCCUCACUACCAUGCCCAAAACACUGAGCAUCUUCUGGUUCAGGGCCAGGGAAAUAAGUCUGACCGCCUGCCUUGUUCAGAUGUUUCUCCUCCACACCUUUUCCAUCAUGGAGUCUGCUGUGCUCUUGGGCAUGGCCUUUGAUCGCUACGUGGCCAUCUGCCACCCUCUGAGGUACACCACCAUCCUCACCAAUUCCUUGGUAGCCAAAAUUGGGCUGGUGGCUUUGGUGCGGGCUGCGGUCCUGAUGCUCCCAUUGCCCUUCCUGCUUAGGAGAUUGCCCUAUUGCCGCUCCCACGUUAUCGCCCACUGCUACUGUGAGCACAUGGCGGUGGUGAGAUUGGCAUGUGCCCACACUCGGUUCAAUAACAUCUACGGGAUCAUAGUUGCUCUCUUUGUUGUAGUACUUGAUUUGACCUUUAUUGGUCUUUCUUACACCAAGAUCCUACAAACUGUCCUCAGUCUGGCUUCAAAGGAAGAGCAGCUCAAAGCCUUCAGCACUUGCAUCUCUCACCUGUGUGCCAUAUUGGUUUUCUACACUCCUGUGGUCCUCUCCUCAGUCAUCCAUAGAUUUGGCCACCAUGUUGCUCCCUACAUACACAUCCUGCUGGCCAACUUCUACCUCCUCUUCCCACCCAUGAUGAACCCCAUCAUCUAUGGGGUGAAGACCAAACAGAUACGGGACAGAGCUCUCCUCCUCUUCCACCGGAAAAGCUUUUGA